GAGGGCUGCCGCACGGGCACGCGCACGGGCGGGCGCGCGCUUUGGGGCUGCCGCUGGUUCCUCCGGCGGCGGAGCUGGUCCUGCCCAGAUGCGGGUUAGAGCGGAGCAGGAGGCGGCUGCACGCGGGAGACCCGCAGACUCUUGCAACCUGGAUGCCCUCUGUGGAUAAAAAAUGUAUCAUGGAAUGAACCCGAACAGCAGAGGUUCGUUUCUGGAGCAGCAGCAGCAGCAACAGCAUCAGUCGUCCUCAAGACUCGUCGCAGUAAUCUUGGGGUUUCAGCUGGCGCUCUGUUUCGGUCCUGCCCAGCUAACCGGUGGAUUUGAUGACCUUCACGCUUGUGCUGACCCUGGCGUCCCAGAGUAUGGCUACCGGACCCAGAGUAUGGCCACGGGAGGAGUGUUCUUUGAAAGUGCUGUAGCCCGAUUUCACUGCCAAGAAGGAUAUAAACUGACAGGUCCUUCGAAAAAACUGUGUGUGAAACAUUUCAAUGGCUCCUUGGGCUGGAAACCAAGCGAUACACCCGUGUGCCUACAAGAAGUUUGUCCUCUACCUCCAAUGGUGAAUCACGGAGAUUACAUCUGCCACCCGCGGCCUUGUGAGCAGUACAAUCACGGAACUGUGGUUGAAUUUUAUUGUGAUCCUGGCUAUUCUUUUACCACCGACUACAAAUACAUCACCUGCCAGUACGGAGAAUGGUUUCCUUCCUACCAAGUAUACUGUGUCAAAACAGAGCAAACCUGGCCCAGUACCCAGGAGACCCUCCUAACCACGUGGAAAAUCGUGGCGUUCACUGCCACUAGCGUCCUGCUGGUGCUUCUGCUGGUCAUUCUGGCCCGGCUGUUCCAGACCAAGUUCAAGACGCAUUUUCUUCCCAGGGGCGCCCCGGGGAGUUCCAGCAGCGACCCGGACUUUGUGGUGGUGGACGGCGUUCCCGUCAUGUUGCCUUCCUAUGACGAAGCUGUGAGCAGUGGCUUGAAUGCCUUAGUGCCAGGCUACUUGUCCUGUGCGGGCCAGGGUGGCCUCUCGCAAACCGACGACCAGAACCCGCCAGCCUACCCAGGCCCAGGGGGCACGGACUUGCCCAGGGACUUUGAAGUCCUCGGCAGCAUCCCGGGCUCUUCGGAGCUACUCCGGACCUUACGUUCAUCCUCCUUGGGCCAGGUGAGGGGAGCUUGUCCCAACGCUGAGCCAACGGACGCGGCCAGCAGCUCCGUGGGAGAGACGGCGUCCUCCAGCCUGAGCAUCGACAUUGCGGACGAAAUUCCACUGAUGGAAGACGACCCUUAGCCUGCCUACAACGGGUCCAUUCUGUGGGAGGACAUUCUUCCCAAAUCUAUCCACACGGCAGCAGUGUGUCAGACUCGAUGGCGGGGUGACCAGCUGCCCCGUAGCGGCGCUUUUAAAUGAGACCCGGGGCUUUGCCAAGACCAGUAGAAAAUACAACAAGCCCUACCCCCUUGCCCCCCAGGGUUCAACACACGCUCCACGACACGGGACACCAGACAGUUCUGUACACGGCCCACUGAAUUACAAUACGAGCAAAUAGCUGCCUCCCAACAAAAAGCAUGUCGAUUAUGUAAAUUUGCUUCUAAAAUCUGCUUUAUACUAUCUCCUGGGCUGUGGUUUCGGAUGGAUCGUGCAAAGUGAUCCGUCGAGGGACUGAAUGGACUGAUCCCCUUCCCAUUUCUGGUAAGAAAAAGGUACUGGGAGAGAGCUCUUUCUGCAGGGGUCUGACACUCCUCUCGGCUGUGGACGGUUUCCGUCCUGAGCCAGACUGAAGAUGCAGCGGGAUAGGACUGUGGAUUAAAAAAAAAAAAGGUUAAAAAAUAAAGAAUCCUAUUUAAAAAAUAUAUAUAUAUAAAGGGAAAGGACUCGGACUGUGCUCUCUGGAGUUUUUUUUUAAAGUAGGUAGAGUUUAUAUGAUAGAAGUGUCUAAAGUACAGUAUCAGUGUUUGUAUUUAUGCAGCACUAAUCUGGAUCCAUGACAUUUGCUAUAAAACCUGUUUUAGAAGCAGCCAGAACGUAUGCAAGUAAGAUCAGGGCAGAGGAAGGGUUAAAUGUUUUGUUGCAAUAUUCCUUAAGCACUUUUCACCUGUUGUUUGUGUCCUAAGUCACCAGCCUCAUUCAGUCUUCACUGACUGCACCCAAAUAAAAACGAUUUAAGGAGGAAAAUUCCCAACUUCAAA